UUGACUCGCUUCAACACAAACAUCACUAAUGGACUUAACCAAGCUGAAAUGUUUCGUGCUAACAGCAAGAUGAUGCCCGCCACAUAGCUUCAAUCCCAGUUAGCUAAACUCUGCAUGCUGUGCCCUGGCGAGAAGGUGGGCGGUUGGGUGCAGCCUUUGUGAGGCCAGAACAUUGGGUUUAGUGCUGGGAGAAUCUUGCUAAGUGAUUCACCAUUUCUUGCAUGGCUUCCUGGAGAGGCAUGAGCACACAUCUGUUUACCUUGCACUGACAGGGAACUGAAGGAACGAAUCACCCAAAUCAGCCCGGUGGACAAGUGAGCCUUCUCGGGUUACUCAGAGGAGAAAACCCCACGGCACUGUGGAUGUACAACUCCAGGCAGCUCCCCGGAACUCUUUCACACAGAGUAAAGUCUUGUGUGGCCCAGGCUGUCUUGGACCCUUGUGGCUUCAUCUCCCUAGUUCUGGGUUCGCAGGUGUGACAUCACACCUGACCCAUCGUCUAAUUUUGAUUUAUGCAUUUAGUAUUCGUUCAUUCACUCAUCCAUUUAUUUUACUGCUUUUAUGACCCCCAGGAAGGGCUGAGGGAUUCCCCACCCCCCACCUCCGAGUUUUCCGAGCAUGCCUCUACCCUCCGAAUGCCCAGUCUGAAGAAAAUAACUACAAACACUUUUUCAUUACGUCUUGUCCAACUCUGGGAAAGUCAGAAUUGCCAGUGUGGGGAGUAGCUCUAGCGAAGUGCCCUAUAGGAAAAAGCUAGAGCGAGAGCGGCUAACCCAGCAGGGGGCAGGCUGGGCCGGUUGGAGGCCGCUUUCUGGGCACGUGAUUACCAUCCCGCUUCCUGGCUUUCCUGCCGGGCGCGACUAGCUGUUGCCAUAGGGAUGGAGCUUGGUUGGCAACGGUCACUAGGGAGUAUGGACAGGAGCCACUGGCGAUCUCUUGGGAUUCCUCGAGGCAGGACGACCCAAGGCUUUUGAGGAAAGACGUGGGAGCGACCCUGAAGGAACCAGAACUGUUUCUGCCCGUUUCGACGUGUUAGCACAUCAGGAAGCUGGCAUAGGAAACAGAGGGGCCUGCUGAAUUUAUGUCAAAUUUUCUGUAGAGGAAACUACAGAAGAAUGUCAGAUAAAGAAGAAAAACCCCUGGCAGAAUCCAGAGAAAGUGGAGACAUGGACAAAGAGGAGGAGGGGGAGGAAGAAGAAGAAGAAGAAGAAUAUAAUCCGAGUUUUGAAGAAGAUCGUUUGCAGCAGAGCCUAACUGAAGGCACUCUGUCCUGGGAGGAGUCUCAGGAGGACGGAGAGGGACUGGAGGGGAAGUGGAUAGAGAAGGAGGAACAGAUAGAGGGAAAGGAAGUGAGAGGGGAGGAGGAGGAAAUGAGAGGGAAAGAAGAAAGAGAAGAGAGAUGGGAGGAAGAGGAGACAGGGGAAGAGGAAAAAAGUGAGGAAAAAGAGGGAAGUAAGGAAAAGGGAGGUGAGGAAGAGGAGAAGGUAGAGGAGGAGAAAGAGAAGAGUGGGGAGGAGGGGAAAGAUAUUGUCUUAGAGAAAACGGAGGAAUCGAAAAAGUAUGAAACACCAAUCCGCGUGGGUGACAUUGUCAUCAGCUCCGAGUCUUCCACAUCAAUAUACUCAGUGGCCGGAACCCCAGAAAGCAGCAAGUCAUCCUUGCACUCCCAAAGUCCUGAAGUAAGCGAGAUUUACCAAGAUGUCAGUAUGAAAAUGGACUCCUUGGAAGAAGCUGUCGUCGGGUCUCAGGAGGAAAUUGGCCAGGAGUCAGAAGGCAUUUCAGACCAAGAAAAGGAGGAAGCAAGAUUCGGGAAACCAUUCUUCCCCAUGGAAGAAAGACAAAAAUUAUUCCAGUCCAAAGACCUGGGUGCCAAGGAGUCACUGGUGUCCACCUCCACAGAGGACACAUUGUUCCAGAAGGAGGACGACUCCAAGAUGUACCCUUUGUCCUUGACUUGGUCCUUUGGCUGGAACAGUUCUCUCCCUGUGUACUACAUGCGGGAAGACAGGAGAAUCCUUCUCUACGUCUGCGGCCACACUGCCGUCAUCUACAACGUCUUCAAGAACAGCCAGUACCAUCUCCAGGGCCACCCUAACAUCAUCUCGUGCUUCUGCGUCAGCGAAGACAGGCGAUGGAUUGCCACAGCCGACGAAGGACCAGACUGCCUCAUAAUUAUAUGGGACGCCUUCACGGGAAUCCCUGUGCACACCAUAUUUGACAGCUGUCCAGAAGGUAAUGGCAUAAGGUCAAUAGCCAUCACCCGUGACUCCAAGUUUCUGGCCACCAUCUCAGAUGCUGAAAACCAGAAAGUGUGCAUCUGGAAGUGGACUUUGGCAGUGGAGACGCCCACAUGCAUGCUCGAGCUUCCCAAAGAGUAUGGUUUCCAGGAACACCUCAUCUUCAACCCAGUCAACAACAAAGAGCUGGUGAGCAAUAGCAAGACGCAGGCCGUCUACUAUUCCUGGUUUGAAGACAAGGGUAUACUUACGCACAGUGCCCCGCUUUUAACAGAGAAAACGUUCAACAAGCUUGUGGGGAAGUUUAGCCAGUCUGUUUUCCACUUGAAGUUACCACAAAUCCUGUCGGCUACGAAGGAAGGGAAGCUGGUUGUCUGGGAUAUCCACUAUCCCUGGGCCUCCUCCACUUCUGCCUCCUCCUCCGCCGCCGAAGCCGAAGCCGACGCCGACUCCGCUUCCGCAGACUCCGCAGUCUCCGAAUUCCCUUUCAUGAAGCCGCGGAAACUGGUCCAUUUACAGAAGGAGGCCAUCACAGUGCUUACGACAAUCGACAGCUACAUCGUCACGGGCGACAUUAAAGGCAACAUUAAGUUCUACGAUCACACCUUCUCCAUUGUCAACUGGUAUAGCAACUUCAAACUGGGCGCCAUAAGAACUCUGUCCUUCUCAAAGACCCUGCCAAGUCCGCCAACCGAGAAAUCCAACCUCCCCACGGACUGCACCCUAAGAGGCGACCUUUUCGUUGUCAGGAAUUUUAUCAUCGGGACAUUUGACGCCACCGUGUACCACAUGACAGUGGAUGGCACCAAACUUGAGAAGCUCUUUGUGGAACCCAGGGAUGCUGUCCACGCCAUCUCCUGCCACCCGUACCAACCCCUCAUCGCAGUCGGGAGUGUCUGUGGGAUAAUCAAGGUGUGGGACUUCGAGAAGAAGGUCUAUCUGUUCAGCAGGACCUUUGAGAAGGGGCUUGGAGUCCAAAGUCUGACCUACAACCCCGAAGGAGCCCUCCUUGGAGCUGGAUUCACUGAGGGGACAGUUUAUAUUCUUGAUGCGAUGUCUUUAGAAAAUGAAACUUCAGAGCCCUUCAAAUAUUCCAGAAGCAGCGUGUCUCACGUCAGCUUCUCACACGACUCCAAUUACAUGGCGACCGCCGACAUCAGUUUCACCGUGGCCGUGUAUAUGAUGGUUGUCAAAAAUGGACAAAGGGUCUGGGAAUAUUUGGCGAGACUCCGCGCUCACCACAACAGCAUCCGCAGCCUCCUGUUUGGUAUUCACCUGGACAGCAACGAACCCAGGCUGCUGAGCCUUGGGACAGACAGAUUCUUGAUCGAGUACAAUCUUACCAAGAGCUACAAAGACCACCUGGAGGUCCUCGACAUUCACCGGACAGACCAGGGCAACUACCCCACCUGCAUGAUCUGGUACCCGCCGCUCACCAAGGAGCUCUUCCUGCUCAUUUGCAACAGUGGCUACAAGGUGAAGCUCUUCAAUGCCACCACAAAAAUGUGCAGAAAGACACUCCUUGGACCGGCGUACGGGUCGCCUAUUGAGCAUGCGCAGGUGCUCCCAGUAAAAUCCACGCUAGAGCUGCAGAAGCGCUACUUGGUGUUCAUUAACAGGGACAAGGUUGGUCUCCAGAUCUUACCAGUGGACGGCAACCCACACAAAACAUGUGCUAUCGUUUGCCACCCAAAUGGGGUGUCUGGCUUGGCCCUUUCCUAUGAUGGCCACUUUGCCUUCACAGCGGGAGGCCAAGAUCGCUCGGUGGUGCAGUGGAAAAUCAACUUAGGUGCCCUGGAGGCGGCCGUUUCCCUCGGGGGUGAAGACCUGACCCCGUUCUACGGUCUGGUGUCCGGUGGCAGGGAAGGAAAAUUCUACAGGGAGCUGGAGGACUAUUUUUACUACUCUCAGAUCCGCACUCAAGGUAUCGAUACAAUGGAGACCAGGCAGGUGUCGGAACACAUUUGCCUGUCGGAGCUUCCUUUUGUCAUGAGAGCGAUUGGUUUUUACCCAUCGGAGGAGAAGAUUGAGGACAUGUUUAAUGAGAUCAAAUUCAGUGAAUACGUGGACACCGGGAAGCUGAUCGACAAAAUCAACUUACCGGAUUUCCUCAAAGUUUAUCUCAACCAUAGGCCGCCUUUCGGCAACACCUUCGAUGGCAUCCAGAAAAGCUUUGAUGUGCUUGGUUUCACCAAUUCUGAGGGGAAAAAGGCUAUUCAGAGAGAAGAUUUCCUGAACAUGCUCCUCACUAAAGGCGAACACAUGACAGAAGAGGAGAUGUUUGACUGUUUUGCGACUCUGUUUGGCCUGAGUCCUGAGGGGUGGAAAUCGGAGCCUGCAGCCUCCUGCACCAAAGGCCCAGAAAUCUGCCUCGAAAAAGAACUUCCAGAGGAAAUCACGGCAGAAAUAUUCACAACUGAAAUUCUCGGCCUAACCCUUUCCAACCAUUCAGAACAGUCUGACCAGUGACGUCAUUGACGACGUUGGCAGCACAAAGGCGUUCACGUGUGUGUGUGUGUGUGUGUGUGUGUGUGUGUGUGUGUGUGAAUUUUCCAAGAGGCGUUCCUUUUUCUGUACAUGCCCGCCCCCACCUUAAUCUUUGGAGCAUUUUAGACAUUAAAAACAAAUUUUUCUGAGGCAGUAGAA